GUCCCAAAAAAAAUUCGGGAUCCGGCGCAAAUGCCCACCGCCAUUGCCUUUAAAAGUCGCCCCACUUUCCGUCCUUUUCCUCUCCACUCGCACGUUAACGCUACACACUCCCGUUUACGUGCACACCUCCAAACCCUCAUCACGAUCCGGCUCCAAGGUCUCGAGAUGAAGUCGAGGGCGAGGUCCGGCGGUGGCGACUCCAGGCUCUCGGUGAGGAAGACCAAGGUUGAGAAGGACCCAAACAAGCCCAAGAGGCCUCCGACCGCGUUCUUCGUCUUCAUGGAGGAGUUCAGGAAGGACUACAAGGAGAAGCACCCCAAUGUGAAACAAGUCUCAGUGAUUGGCAAGGCUGGUGGUGACAUGUGGAAGUCCUUGUCUGAUGCCGAGAAGGCUCCCUACGUAUCUAAGGCCGAGAAGCUGAAGGUUGAGUACACAAAGAAGAUGGACGCCUAUAACAACAAGCAGUCUGGAGGAGGACCCACAUUGUCUGGUGAUUCUGACAAGUCCAAGUCCGAGGGUGAUGAGUGAUGGAUGACGGGUGAAACUCUGGGCUGCCCAAGUGCUUGCAGUCAGCAGGGAAAUCUCAUCGUCGUUGGGCCUAACCGGGCUUUGCUGCUCCGUAGCGUCUGGAAGCUGUCUGUCUUUUGAGAUGCUGUAGACUAGUAGUGCCUGCUCUGAGUUAGUAAUUGAAAGUGUUGUCCCUGAAGUGAUGCUGUUUAGUUGGUAGUGUGUUCGCUUCUUCGGCACUUAUACUUACCCCCAAGCAUCAACGCUGCCUGUUUUAAAUCUCAAUAGGUGCUGUUUUAAAUCUCAGAUCUCAAUAUAUGACUACUGAUCGCUGAAUAGAUUUCAUGCUCUCUUGAUUGAC